AUGGUGAAACAUAAGUGACAGAAUAACAACCGUUUGUCUGGCUAGCCAUCCCCAAGAAACCAAAAUGGCUGCUUCGUGUGGGAAGACUUGUUGGUAUAUUUUCAUUGUUCUUUUCGCCAUUUAUGGUGUACCAUCAGCUCAACAGGACAACUCUGUUCUUCAGUGUCCAAAAGGUUGGAGUAAAAAUGGAAUACAUUGCUAUCGUUUUUUUAACAUCAGACAUUCAUGGAACAAAGCCGCAGAAGUGUGCCGCCGGUACGGCAGCGAGCUCGUUCUUAUAACCGAAUAUGGGCAGAACAACUACUCUGGCUCAGUGGCUGCUGAAAGUCUUAGAAGUGUGGGUCAGGUGGCCUACUGGAUAGGCAUGAAAUCUGUUGACGAUUUGUCUACGAAUACCUUGGAAUCAGCUGGAGGUGACUUUAUACCUAAAUAUGUCGGAUUUUGGUCCUGGAAUCAGCCCAAACCACGAGAUGGAAAAUGUGUUCUAGCUCAUUUGAUUGGAAAUUCUCAGGCUUGGCAACUAGCCCCAUGCGAAGCAUUGCUUCCGUUUAUGUGCCAACUUAAUAGUUGCCCAAAAGGUUCUUUUGCAUGCAGUAAUGGACAGUGUAUCAGUAGCCAUUGGCAGUGUGAUGGAGAAGAUGAUUGUGGAGACCAAUCAGAUGAGACUGAGUGUCCAAAUUCUUGUCACUUUUAUCUUCAAAGUUCUGGAGACUCAGUCCAGUCUCCUAACUAUCCAAACAAAUAUGCAUCCAACUUGGAUUGUAAGUGGACUCUUGAAGGGCCGGUUGGAGCAGGAAUUGUCUUACAGUUUUCUGAUUUUGAGACAGAGGCCAACUUUGAUACCGUACAAAUCUUGGCUGGUGGUCGUACUGAGGAAUCAAGUGUUUCCCUUGUUACUCUGUCAGGAAGGGAGGACCUGAGCUCUCGAUCAUUUGUGACAGCUUCUAAUCUCAUGAUUAUAAAGUUCAGAUCUGAUUCCUCUGUUGAAAGAAAUGGAUUCCGUGCUAGUUGGAAAACAGAACCCAUAAAGUGUGGAGGAGAAUUAUUUGCUCAAGCAACAGCUCAGUUGCUCACGUCUCCAAUGUAUCCAGAUCCAUACCCUGGUGGCUUGGAAUGUGUGUACAUCAUUACUGCACCUCAAGGUCGCAUCAUAACACUUGAGGUGGUGGAGAUGGACCUAGAGCUUAACAAAGAUUACGUACUUGUCCGGGAUGGAGCAAUGCCAUCUGAUCCUCUUUUAGCAAAGUUGUCAGGUAGCUCACAGGUUGUUCCUAAGUUCACAAUGUCAACAUCAAACAAGAUAUAUCUUUAUCUACACACAAGUUAUGGAGACAGCAGGAAAGGAUUUACUAUCCGUUUUAGAUCAGGGUGUGAGGUAGAGAUGGUAGCCUCAUCUGGAAACAUCUCUUCACCAGCAUUUGGUGUAGUAAAUUACCCAAGUAAUCAAAUUUGCAAGUACAGUAUCACCCGACCUGAGGGUGGAUCAGUGUCAUUAAGGUUCACUCAUUUUGAUGUUAAUGGAGAUGACUAUGUGGAGAUAUAUGAUGGAACAAAUCCAGAGGGAGGUGUUCAGCUCCACCCAGGUGAAGGUUUCACUGGAAAAUCUCGACCCUCUCUGACUCUAACAGCAAGUUCAGGCCACAUGAUCCUGCUCUUUAAAAGUAAUCCUUUACACACAGCAUCUGGAUGGAAAGCAAGCUUUAGUGCUGAUUGCCCACAGCUGCAAGUUGGAGAAGGAGCUUUUGCAUCAACUAGAGAUACAGCUUUUGGUGCAAAAGUGACAUAUACCUGCCCUGUUGGUCAAGAGUUUAGCAAUGGAGAAACAAAAAUUGUAGCUCAAUGUAUGCAAGGUGGACAUUGGAGUACGGGGUACAUACCAAGCUGUCAAGAACGUUAUUGUGGUCCAGUACCUCAAAUUGACAAUGGAUUUGCUGUAGGAGCUACCAAUGUCACAUACAGAGGUCAUGCUACCUACCAAUGUUAUGCCGGUUUUGCAUUCCCAAGUGGUAAGCCUACAGAAAUGAUCCGCUGUGCCGAAGAUGGUCAAUGGCGAAAUCUACCAGUGUGUCUUGCUUCCUCAUGCCCUCCUCUACUUGAAACUCCUCAUGCUUCUCAAACAGUCCUUAGUGGUGGUGGACGCAGCUAUGGCACUGUUAUCCGUUUUGAAUGUGAACCAGGCUUCUACAGGAUUGGUGUUCCUGUCAUUGUUUGUAAAACUGAUGGUCAAUGGUCAGGACCACCCCCUAAAUGUGAACGUGUUCAGUGUCUUAUUCUCCCAGAAAUUAAGAAUGGAUUUGUUGUCGAACCACAAAGAAAUUUUUUCUAUGGUGAUGAAGGGAGAGUUCAGUGCCAUCGAGGAUUCAGACUUGAAGGAAAUGCAGUCAUAACUUGCGGUCCUAAUCAAACAUUUGUUAAUUUACCAAAUUGUGAAGAUAUUAAUGAGUGUUCAGCCACAUCGUGUGAUACGGCUUCUACUGUCUGUACGAAUACUGCUGGAGGAUUUUUCUGCAAGUGUAAAUCUGGAUUUGAACCAAACUUUGACUGUCGACCAGUUGGAGAUCUUGGUAUCAGUAGUGGAACAAUUCCACCUAACAGCAUUCGAGCUUCAGGAACUGAAGCUGGUUAUAGUAAGAAUGCUUUACGACUUGACAGUCCUGGUGGUUGGUGUGGAAAUAUUCAUCGGGAAGGGGAAAACUGGAUCCAAAUUGAUUUGAGAGCCCCAACAGUUGUGCGUGGCUUUCGUGUCAAGUCAGUUCUUCGUGAUAAUGGGUCUCAUGCAUUUCCACUCACGGUGUUAAUUCAAUAUACAGAUGAUCUGACAGAUAUAUUCAGAGAUUACAGAGACUCUGAAGACAAGCCUGUCCAGUUCCAGUUGAACAGUAAUGGAGGUUCAGGAUUAUCAGUUGUAAAUCUACCUGUUCCUUUAGAAACACAGUAUAUUCGCAUUGUUGUCAUGGAAUUUGUAAUAGCUCCUUGCCUGCAGCUUGAAUUGAUGGGUUGUUCUCGGCAGGACUGCUUAGAUGUGAAUGAGUGUUCAAGAAACAAUGGAGGCUGUGAUCAGCGAUGUAUCAAUAACCCAGGAGGUUUUAACUGUUUGUGCAAUGUUGGCUAUGAAUUGUACACUAAAAAUGGUACCAGUGGUUUUUACAUUCCACCUAGUGAGACAGGGUUAAAGGAUGGAGAUUUAUAUCAAAUAAACAAGACGUGUGUUCCUAAGAUGUGUCCACCUUUGGCAAACCCAGACAAUGGGUUAAUGCUAUCCACCAAGAAGGAGUUUCACUUUGGACAGAUUGUUAGUUUCCAGUGCAAUUUUGGUUAUGUGUUGGAAGGGAGCUCUACACUACUCUGCAACAGCAAUGGGGUUUGGAACGGAACAGCUCCUGAAUGUAAAUAUGCUCAGUGUACUACACUAGCUGAUGAUCCAGGCCAAGGACUGGAUAUUAAAAUCAGUGAAGAGGUUAGCUCCGUGCCUUUCCUAGAAAAUGCCACUAUUUCUUGUAAUGAAGUUGGUAGACCUUCACAUGGGACAGUUACAGCAAACUUUAGACAGUGUGUGUAUGACCCUCAGGAUGGUCAUCCUGACUACUGGCUAUCGGGAUCUCCACCCACUUGCCCAAGAAUUGAUUGUGGUCAUCCACCUAAUACAACGGGUGCCACCUAUGGAUUUUAUGUUGACACUCGCUAUCGUGCUAGUUUCUACUUUAGUUGUGAUGAAACAUUUACUCUGGCUGGUAAAACAAACAUGAACGACAAUGUCAUCAGAUGUCAAAAUGAUGGCACCUGGGACUUUGGAGACAUACGCUGUGAAGGCCCCGUAUGUCAAGAUCCGGGCAGACCACCAAAUGGAAAACAAAAGGCUCUGGGAUAUGAGCAAGGUUCAAAAGUCAGCUUCUCUUGUGAUCGACCAGGAUAUAUCCCUUACAACACAGACCCAAUAACUUGUGUGAAAGGUGCAGAAUGUAAAGUUGUCAAACCCCUAGGAAUAGCUGCUGGAUCAAUACCUGACAUUGCCAUUAAUGCCACCUCACAGAGAAGUAAUUAUGAGGUUACAAAUGUGUAUCUGGACAGUGCCACUGGGUGGUGUGGUCAGCAGGAACCUUUUACAUAUGUUACUGUAGACUUAGGACGGGUUUAUCGUGUUAAAUCUAUUCUUGUUAAAGGUGUGAUAACCAGUGAUGUGGUUGGGCGACCAACUGAACUACGAUUCUUCUAUAAAGUUCGGGAAUCUGAAAACUUUGUUGUCUACUUUCCAAAUUUUAACCUUACCAGUCGAGAACCAGGAAACUAUGGAGAGCUUACCGUUAUCCCUCUGCCACUUAGUGUUCGUGCCCGCUAUAUUAUUUUGGGUAUUGUUUCUUACAAUAAAAACCCAUGUCUGAAAUUUGAUUUGACUGGAUGUGAAGACACAAAUGAGGAAAUUGUACUAGGAUAUGACCAAGGGUAUCCUAUUUGUGUUGAUAAAGAACCACCACAGUUCAUAAACUGUCCCUCUGAGCCUGUUGUUGCCUCUAAAUCUCCAGCUGGUCUUCAGCCUGUUAAUUACUCUAUUCCUGUUGCUGUGGAUAACUCUGGGCGUAUUGCCCGGUUUGAAGUACGUCCUGCAGGCUUUAAACCACCUCUUAUGGUAUUUGAGGACACUACCAUUCAGUAUCGAGCCUAUGAUUUUGAUGGGAAUGUCGCUGUUUGCACUGUUAACAUCACAGUACCUGAUGAUACACCACCAUCCUUGAAGUGCCCUCAGUCUUAUGUAGUAGAAUUAGUGGAACAACAAGACAGCUACAAAGUUAACUUUAAUGAAUCCAGAAGAUUAAUAAAUGCUACAGAUAAAUCAGGACCUGUCACUGUCAACAUUUCACCCGAAUCAGCUGUUAUAUCAAUAGGAAACUAUCGAAAUGUUACUGUCAUUGCAACUGAUAAGUUUGGCAACCAAGCUGUUUGCUAUUUCCAGGUUUCUGUACAAGCUACUGCCUGUGUCUCAUGGUCACUUGCACCUCCAGUAAAUGGGAUUGUAAACUGCCUUCCAAAUCAGGACAAUAAUGGUUUUGGUUGUGUGGCUACAUGUAAUGAAGGAUUCAAGUUUACAGAUGGGGAACAAGCCAAGACAUAUGAAUGUGUUGAAGAACAAAAAUGGAGUCCAAGUGAUAUCAUCCCCGAUUGUGUACCUGAAGAUGUUGACCAAGCUUUCUAUGAUGUGGUGGCCGAGGUUGACUAUCGUGCAGGAGGUACAAUACCCCAGCCUUGUCUUAAUCAAUAUGUCAGCUAUGUGUCUACUUACUACACUUCUCUGAAUCAAGUUCUGUCUCAGCGCUGUUCUGCCAUUAACGUUCAGAUGGAUAUCACUUUCCACAACACAACUAUUCAGGCUAAAUCUGAAAACCUGCUUGCUUUAAGUUAUGUACUCAGGAUCGAUCCAAUGGUUCACCAGCCAUUGCUAUAUGACCUCUGUGGCUCUACAUUAGGCCUUAUUUUUGACCUAAGUGUGCCAAGUACCUCAGCAAUUAUUGAACCAAUCCUAAACAUUAGUGCUCAGAAUGUUGGUGGACAGUGUCCUGGACUUCAAGCAACACAAUCCUCUGUGACUCGAGGGUUUACGUGUGACAAGGGAGAGGUUCUUAAUGACAACCGAAAUGGGAAAAUCCCAAGUUGUUUACACUGUCCUGCAGGAACUCGUGCUUCCUUUGAAGAAAAAUGUGGGUUCUGUCCUCGAGGUUUCUAUCAAGACCUCACACGGCAAGGAAGCUGUAAACGUUGUCCAGAUGGAACAUACACAAAGUCAGAAGGAAGUAAAAGCCUUACGGACUGUGUUCCUUCCUGUGGUUUAGGGACCUAUUCUCCGACUGGUCUGGUACCUUGUCUUCAGUGUCCAAGCAACACUUUUGCUGGUCCACCUCCACCUGAUGGAUUCACUGAAUGCCAACGUUGUCCUGGUAACACCUUCACCUACACUCCUGGGGCUUCUUCAGUUGCAGAAUGUAAAGCACAUUGUCCUGCUGGGUCCUACUCUGAGACAGGGCUGGAACCUUGUUAUCCCUGUCCAGUGAAUUUCUACCAGCCAGAUGAAGGCCAAAUGACAUGUUUGGAAUGUGCAGCUAAUCAGAGAACUGGAAGACCUGGUGCUCUGAGUGAAGAAGCUUGUGUUCCAGUUUUAUGCAACAACAAUGCUUGUCAGAAUGGAGGACUCUGCUUGGUGAAAAACCAUCAACCUACCUGUUACUGCCCAGCAGGUUUUACAGGUCAAUUCUGUGAUGUUAACAUGGAUGAGUGUGCUAGUCGACCCUGCUACAAUGGUGGAAUAUGUAUAGACAGGCCUCAGGGCUUUACAUGUCGGUGUCUAAAUGGAUACUCUGGCAGGCAGUGUCAGAUUGAACAAAAUGAGUGUAAGAACACCACUUGUCCAGAGCGAGCCAUGUGCCAGGACUUGCCAGGCAUGGGUACAAUUAAUUGUCUGUGUCGGUCAGGCUAUGAGGGUGCUUCAUGCAACAUCACUGUUAACCCUUGUGUUGCUAAAGGAAAUCCUUGUACCAAUGGAGCAACUUGUAUUCCUCUCCAGCAAGGUCGCUUCAAGUGUGAAUGUCCCCCUGGAUGGACAGGCAUGAUGUGUGAACAAAAUAUUGAUGAUUGUGCUGAAAAACCAUGUCUUCUUGGUGCUAACUGUACAGAUUUAGUUAAUGACUUUUCUUGUGAUUGUCCAGUUGGGUUCUAUGGGAAACGAUGUCACCUGAAGGUGAACAUGUGUGCUAAUAAACCUUGUGCCCAUGGUAAAUGUAUUGAUCGGCUUUUCUAUCAUGAAUGCGUGUGUAACCCAGGUUGGACUGGUGAGAACUGUGAUGUUGAUAUUGAUGAAUGUGCCAGUAAUCCUUGUGUUAAUGGAGGACAGUGUAUUGACUUGGUUGAUGAAUUUCGUUGUCUGUGUGACACUGGUUUUACUGGGUCUAGAUGUCAACAUACUAUUGAUGAAUGUGAGACAUCACCUUGUGAAAAUGGAGGCACUUGUUUGGAUCUUCUAGAUGGUUUUAUCUGUCAGUGUCGACCUGGCUAUGUGGGCCUGCAGUGUGAAGCAGAAGUAGAUGAGUGUGUAAGCAGUCCAUGUAACCCACCAGGUACUGACUCUUGCAUUGACAUGGACAACAUGUUCAAAUGUGUUUGCAAUCCAGGUUACACUGGAGAAAUGUGUGAGAUCAAUGUAAAUGAGUGUGCCAGCAACCCAUGUCUCAAUAAUGGUAUUUGUAUUGACUCUGUCAAUGGAUUUAAGUGUCAAUGCCCUCCAGGCUGGUCAGGAGACAGGUGUGAGAUGGACGUUGGUGGUUGUGACUCUGAUCCGUGUCUGAAUGAUGCAAACUGUAUAGAUCUCUUUCAAGAUUAUUUCUGUGUGUGUCCUUCUGGAACUGAUGGUAAACGGUGUCAGACUUCUCCUGAAAGAUGUAUUGGUAACCCAUGCAUGAAUGGUGGAAUGUGUAAGGAUUAUGGCAGUGGGCUCAACUGCUCCUGCCCUGCUGAAUUCUCUGGCAUUGGAUGUCAGUAUGAAUAUGAUGCUUGUGCUGACCAUGUUUGUCAGAAUGGUGCCUCAUGUGAAGACUUGGGGGAUGACUACAGGUGUAUCUGUUCACCUGGAUUCACUGGCCGUCAUUGCACAGAAGAUAUUCCAGAUUGUACACCUACAUCUUGUCCUCCAACAGCCACGUGCAUUGAUUUGACCAAUGGAUUCUACUGUAAAUGUCCAUUUAACUUGACUGGUGAAGAUUGCCGUAAAACAAUCAGCAUUGACUAUGAUUUAUACAUAAAUGAUGACAGUCGAUCUUCAAGUGUUGCUCUGGCCGCUCCAUUUGAACUAGGAACAAACAGCCUCACAGUUGCUCUAUGGGUCCAGUACAACAGCCCUGAACACUCCGGAACAUUUUUUACGCUUUACAGAGUUGACUCUCCUCAUCUUCCUAUUGGUAAGAAGAUUCUGAUUCAGGCUGAUGAAUCAGGUGUAUUUGUUUCUCUGUUCUCUAACAUGGAUGCUAAUGUAUUUAUUCCCUACUUGAAGAAUGUGCCCAUCAAUGAUGGUCAAUGGCAUCAUAUUAUUGUAAUUUGGGACAGCAUGAAGAAGACAAUAACUCUCAUUACUGACACAGCCGUUGCUCGAACUGUACCUAAGUACACCCAUGAUGAGAUUCAUGUUGAUGUCACAUUACCACAAUAUGCUUGGGUGAAUCUUGGUGCUCCUUUGGAUGAGAAAAACAAGGCAAUGGUACAGAAGGGAUUCCAUGGACGCAUCAGCCGAGUCAACAUCUGGGGAAGGCCUUUAGAUAUGACAUUAGAUAUACCUUCUCAGUUCCGUAGCUGUAAGAGCGCAGGAGUGAUUUUUGAUGGAUUGUUGUUGAGGUGGACUGGCUAUGAUCGGGUUGAGGGAACAGUAGAAAGAGAAGGUCCAAGCACCUGUGGUGAGAAGAUCUGCCCCACUGGAUUCAGUGGGGAUGACUGUCAUGUUCUUGAGAAGGACAAACUGCCACCAAAAGUUACUUUUUGCCCCCCAGAUAUGUGGGUAGUCACACAGAACAUGACAGCCGUCAUCAAUUGGGAUGUGCCACGGUUUUCUGAUAACCUGCGGUCCAUCAGAGUGAUUGAGAGGAGUGGGUUACGACCUGGACAAACUCUCAUGCGUGGAACCUAUGAUUUAGCCUACAUAGCUACUGAUGAAGCAGGAAACACAGCUCAAUGCCACUUCCGUAUUCAUGUUCUUGGUGACUUCUGCCCAGUUCCUUUGCCCCCAGUUGGUGGUCAGCAUCAUUGUUUUGACUGGGGCCCUGGUGGCCGUUUCAAGGCUUGUAAGAUCUCCUGUGAUAAGGAGGAGUUCUCUCAACCAGUAGCAGAUUUCUACACAUGUGGAGCUGAAGGAUUCUGGCGGCCAACCUCUGAUCCUGGGACUCAACUCAUUUUCCCUGCUUGUGCACCAAAAAGCCCAGCCCAAAGAAUUUUCCGAGUAGCUCUUAGUUUUCCAACAUCUGUAGUAUGCUCUGAUUCAGGAAAAAAGAUACUGCGGGCUCGAGUAAUUGAUAGCUUACUUGAUGUGAAUCGAAACUGGCAUAUAUGUACUGAUGUGACACCUGGAUCAUGUAGUGGCUUGAUGGUCAAUGUAGUAUGCAACAAACGUAGACGUGUUGCUCGACAGGUAGACAGUGAUGAAGUUUAUAUUGUUGAAAUUGCUUUCCCUGCCAAUGAUGACCCUGUAACAAACCUAAAUACACAAGAAAAAUCUACUGUGGAGAAUGUAGUUGAAAUGGCAGUACUGCAAGAUUCAGCAUUUGAUGUAAGAAAUACACUUCCUAACGUGAGACCUGACUUAACUUCCCUCACCAUGGUGACAGAUUUUGCUUGCCCAGCUGGAAGGGUAGUUGUGCCACCCAACUGUGUUGACUGCAGCCAAGGCACCUAUUACAACAACAAUACCUUGUCUUGCAUUUCUUGUCCUAGUGGAACUUAUCAAAAUGAAAUGGGUCAACUUUCUUGCAAGCCCUGUCCAGAAAUUGCUGGACAAAAAGGGGUGACUGCUUCCAGUGGUGCAAGGUCAUCCAAUGAAUGCAAAGAACGUUGUUCCGCUGGCAAGUACUAUGAUGAAACUGUUGGGUUGUGUCGGCCAUGUGGAUAUGGUCUCUACCAGUCUCAGGAAGGUUCUUUCAGCUGUGUUCCAUGUGGUCCUGGUCUCACCACUCGUAGCAACACAGCAGUAUCUCAACAAGAAUGUCGAGAGGAAUGUGCAAGUGGCCUACAGCUAUCUAGCAAUGGCAACUGUGAACCUUGUCCAAAAGGGUUUUAUCGAACCCGAGGGAUGGCAGCUUGUGUACAGUGUCCUUCUGGUAGAACAACAGCUUCUGUAGGAGCAACCAUGCAAGAUGAAUGCUCUCUUGAGGUGUGCAACCCAGGCUACUUUCUCAACAACACUGUUGAGCGUUGUAUGGCUUGUCCUAAGGGCACAUAUCAAGACAAAGAGCAACGGGACAAGUCUUGUCAGCCUUGUCCACCUGACACAACCACUGAAGGGUCUGGAGCUACCAGUGAACAAGCUUGUUCUAACCCCUGUCUGGUUGGUGGUCAGGGGAACAUGAUACUUUGUCAAGCUAAUGCUUUCUGUGUGUUCAGAGAAGAAACUGACACAUACUCUUGUGAUUGUAAACCUCAGUACAAGCUAAAUGUGGAGACUAAUGAAUGUAUACAUGUCUGUGACAAUUAUUGUGAUAAUGGCGGAACUUGCUCUGUAUUACCUGAGUCAAACGAACCCAAGUGCGAGUGCCUGACUAAUUUCUAUGGAGAAAAGUGUGAGAAAAAAUCAGAAUUUGUAUACAUUGCAGGAGGCAUUGCUGGAGCAGUUAUUUUCAUCAUCAUCAUCAUACUGCUAAUUUGGAUGAUCUGUGUCAGAGCUUCAUGGAAGAACAAGUCAAAGAAGGCACUACCACCACCUCAACCUCCAGUAGACCUCACUGGUUCUCAGAGUAACUUCUUCUAUGGUGCUCCAGCUCCAUAUGCUGAAAGCAUUGCUCCAUCCCAUCACAGCACGUAUGCUCACUAUUAUGAUGAUGAUGAUGAUGGUUGGGAAAUGCCUAACUUUUACAAUGAGACUUACAUGAAAGAAGGUCUGCAUAAUGCUAAGACCAAUAGCUUGGCUCGAAGCAAUGCUAGCCUAUAUGGAACAAAAGAGGACUUGUAUGAUAGACUACGUAGACACCAAUAUCAGGGAAAAAAAGGAGACACUACCAGUGACAGUGAAGACCAAGGUCAGUUAUGAGACUCAAGACCUGAUGUAUUCCUGAACUUCUUGCAUAAAAUUUUUGUUUUCUUUAGAAACUAACUUUGGAGAAAAUAAAUAUUGAAGUAACAGAGAACUGGACACACAAGCUUGUCUUACUUAAACUGAAUUAGAUUGAGUAUUCUUUUGUAACUGUUGUUAAGAAUUUUAAAACAAUGCUAGAUUCUUUGUUUUCCGACAAUUUAGAUAUAUACUUACUUACUGCAUAACUUAUAACAACAGUUACAAUUUAUUGUUCGUAGUUCUAUCAAAAUUGUCAGUUUGACAACCUUCUAUGUGUAAUUGUGUGGGAAACUUUCAUAAUAAUUAAAACAUUAGGCCUUGAUACUAUCAUUGUUAACUCACAAAACUUUAAUUACUUUUCUUUACCUACCCACAAGAAGCAUGAGUUACCAUAUUUUCGAAUAAAUAUUUAUUUACUAAAUAUAGGGGGAAGAAUUCUUACUUGGUAAGAAAAGAAACAUUUUUUGCAGUAUAUUUGUUUUAUUUUUCGCCAUUAAUAAAAUUGUUAUUUAGCCAUAAAACAAAAUUUGUAAUAUUUAAAGAUUUUAAACAUUUUAGAUUGCAGCCUGUUGGAAUGUUUCCAAAGAAUUGUAUUUUAUCUCUGAUUUUGUUGGAUAAUUUAGCAUUCUCAUACUCAGGUUCAUUUAUAUGAAGUUUGUCUUCAUACUUUUUGCGUAAAUGAUAUCAUUUUAGCCAAAAUUAACUUUUUUUAAAAUCUCCUUUUUUUGCUCCCUUCAAAUUGUUGUAAUAAAUUACUUGCGCCAUCUGUUGGAAUUUAUGUAUACUUAAGGUUAACUUAUUUGACUCGAUCAAAAAAUAUAGGUGUCUUGCUGAAACAGUGAUUUUUUUAUUUAAUUUCUAUCACAUUAAUUUAUUAAAAGUUAAUAACAGAUAGCGCUAGGUGAGAUGCGUUAUAUUUCUCGAUGACAAAUUAUAUUCGUGUCAAGUUAAAUAGACUUGUACAUACUAUGACAUAUAUAGUUAAUUUGCAGCGGAGUUUGUUAGUGAUUUGUUUUAACUAAUCAUAAGUCGUCGUUCUGGCAUUAUUAAAAUAUUUUGUGAAAAUGUAUUUGUGUAAAA